CUGCAUGACACAGGAGCCUGCUGUGCUGAGAAUCUCCUUUCCAGAUGCUCACAGGGGAUGUGCUGCCUUCUGGAGACUGAAGAGGGGGGUGAGGAUCUGCAGAGAGCACAAGAGCAUGGCCCUGUGCACAUGGCAAACUCCACUCUUCCCCUCAGAGCAAGCCAGGAGGAGGAGAUGUAUAUGAGCUUUAAUUUGCAGCCCAGGACCUCGACUGAUGAGCGCUCCACAUAUGGAAAGCUCUGACUCACAGCCUAAACGCUGAGGAUGGGGAGUGGUGGGUAUCUCCAACAAAAUUGCUGAGCAGACACAGCAGUAAAAUUCCAUCCAGUCAGGUUUCUAAGCCAAUUUUAAGGCAGAAUCAGGACUAACAUGAUUCAGCAUCAGUGAUUUCCUCUCAGGAGAAGCUAAAUUGGAGACCCUUUGGAAUAUUUACUUUCCUGAAAUACAGAACCUUCCCCAAAAGACAGAAAUUAUUUUAACCUGCAGCUCCAGUAUUUCUUAUGACAUGACCCUGGAAAUUAGGACAAACAGCCUCAGGUUUGUGUAGCCCCACUUGUGCACCCCAAGGAAAAUGCAGAAGGAGUUAAAUUUGACUUGGAACUGGUAUCAACCAUGUUAUUCUGCUGAAAGCUUAUGAGCAAAGGUGAGUUUUCUGAUAUGUUUCUGGAUCUUUCUCAUUGCUGCUGCUGCUGCAGUCCUAAAACAUUCUUCUAAAACUCUUUUCCCCAGCAAGGCUAAGCAAAUGUUGCCUAUAGGACCUUCCUGAUCUUGUCACCGUUCCUGCCUGGAAAGGGGGUGAAGUUCAGCAGCCUCACAUGGACAUUGCCAGCCAUGGCUCUCCUCCCUGGAAACUCUUCCGAAUGCUCCAACUGCACCCACUCUGUGGAGCCUGUGAACAUUUCCAAGGCCAUCUUACUGGGUGUUAUUCUAGGGGGGCUGAUUGGUUUUGGGGUUUUGGGUAAUAUCCUGGUGAUCCUGUCCGUAGCCUGCCACAGACAUCUACAGAGUGUCACCCACUAUUACAUCAUCAACCUGGCUGUAGCUGACCUCCUCCUGACUUCUACCGUCCUGCCCUUCUCAGCUACCAUGGAGAUUUUGGGCUACUGGGUCUUCGGGAGGAUCUUCUGCAACAUCUGGGCAGCUGUCGACGUGCUUUGCUGCACGGCUUCCAUCAUGAGCCUCUGCGUCAUCUCCAUCGACCGAUACAUUGGGGUGAGCUACCCACUGAGGUACCCCAGCAUAGUGACAGAGAGGAGGGGCCUGCUGGCCCUGCUGUGUGUCUGGGCACUGUCCCUGGUCAUCUCCAUCGGGCCCCUUUUCGGCUGGAAGGAGCCAGCCCCGGAGGAUGAGACCAUCUGCCAGAUCACCGAGGAACCCGGCUACGUCUUGUUCUCAGCUCUGGGCUCCUUCUACCUCCCCCUGAUCAUCAUCUUGGUGAUGUACUGCCGGGUCUACGUGGUGGCCAAAAGGGAAAACAAAGGGUUGACCUGUGGGCUGAAGACGGAGAAAUCCCGUUCCGAGGAGGUGACGCUCCGCAUCCACCGCAAAAACGCACGCGGUGCGAGCGGCUCCGCGCCCAACCCCAAGAGCAAGCACCACUUCUCCGUGCGCCUGCUCAAGUUCUCCAGGGAAAAAAAAGCUGCCAAGACCCUGGGAAUAGUUGUGGGAUGCUUCGUUCUCUGCUGGCUCCCGUUUUUCGUAGUAAUGCCUCUUGGCUCUUUCUUUCCUGCAAUCAAACCCCCGGACACACUUUUUAAAAUAACAUUUUGGCUGGGAUAUUUAAACAGCUGCAUCAACCCCAUCAUCUAUCCAUGCUCAAGUCAGGAGUUCAAGAAAGCGUUCCACAACGUCCUGAGAGCUCAGUGCCUCCUGAGGAAGCAGCCAGCAGUGAAGCAAACCCCCAGCUUCAACCUCAACCAUCCUGCUGGCGAGAGCACGGAGAGUGGCAAAGGGGUGGUGCGGAUCCCCGUGGGAUCAGGAGAAACCUUCUACAAGAUUUCCAAAUCCGACGGGGUCUGCGAGUGGAAGAUCUUCUCUACCGUGCAGGGCGCGCCCGCCAAAAACGCCGUUUCCAAAGACUGCACAGCUGCUAAGGCCAAGAGCAAAGGGUUCCUGCAGGAAUGCUGCUGUGCAGGCACUUCUGGGAGUCUCAUCCGAGAGAACUGCAAAGUGCCAACCACUAAAAUCCACUCCAUCUCCCUGAGCGAGAGCGGGGAGGAUGUAUAAUUAGCAGCUGGGUGCACCAGGCUGGCAGUUUGGGGGUUAAUGGGAUGUUGCUCUUUUUAUGGGGAAGUAGGAAUAGGUGUGAUAGUUGAAAGGAUCCAGGUAUGAACAGAGGAAACAGGGCCAGAUCCUUAGAGGAAGGAUGUCUGUGAGUGCUGGGAACAUGAAUGGAGCCCCUCAAAGAUAGUGCAUGUCUUCAGAGGAUGGUAUUCUGAGGGUCCAGCAUCUGCCAGAUGUUUCCUUGGCAUUUAAGGGCUUUAUCCCUCUAUUCUCCUCAUUUAAAUUCCCACUGCUGUCAUUUUGGGUCAGUGGAAGAGAAAGUGAGAACCACAAAGACCCUGUACUGAUUUCAGCCUCGACACUCUGCGGCAGCUCCACCUUCAGAGCCAUUUUGUGAUUCCACCCCUCCCCAUAAAGCCAAACCUCCUCACCUGUGCAUUUCAGCCAACUCCCUUGCCAAGGAAAACUUGAUCCAAAUGACUGAACUCCACCAAGCUUCAGAGACCAAGGAGAACUUUUCUUUUCUGUACAAUCAGCCUCCCUAAUCACCAUACCAAAUGAAAAUUUGCAUGUGUCCCUGGUUUGUUCAGACCAUCCGUACGCCUUGAUGCAGGUCUAAUAAAACUCAAAACUAGGUAAGUUCUUAUCAAACAAGGCUCAAAGUUCUCACUUGCAUUCAUCCUUUUGUUUUUCAUCUUCUGAGUCCAUCAGGAACCUGCUGAAAGGCUCAGUAAUUCUAUGUUCAAUAGCCACAGUGCCACAGUCACUGGAAAAGCCUUUCCUGUCUCCCUGCCCAGUGUUUUGCUACAUUCAUUUUCCCGACUCCUUCAAGUUGGGAAGAAACCAAGUGCUCAAAGCUUUCUGUGAGAUCCUGGGUACUCUGGAGUCAGGAAUUUUCCCCUUGUUCUAAGCAGAGGGAGUUAAAUUUUAAAAGGCUUAAGGACAUCCAUCCCCAUGAGAAAGAGCCAUCCCUUGGGAAUUUGGGAGCAAAGAAUUUGGAAGCAUGUUAUAUUUUAAUACAGCUAAUCCAAAUAAAUAAAUAAAUGAGAUGGCCAGCAUCUGGAAGAAAUAGUGGGAGGAAUUCUCUGUGCAAUAUUAGAAAUAAGCAACUCUUGACAUUGCUCCUGCUGAGCCUGCCAAGAAUUCAGCUCCUUGAAACAACACAUGAGCCCCUACUCUUUUCUGUGUCGAUUCCUGUGCUGAAGAUCCACUACCCUGAAAAGGGAAACGGCUCAAGAGUCAUUAUCAUCCAACAGGGUCUUGAAACAACACCUUGGUGGUGUUGAUGAGAAAUCAUUGUUUAUCUCUCACCCAGUAUUAAGUCCCCAACGUCAGAGGAUUUGUCUCCUGUGUCUUUUAUUUAUGCGCUCCCAGAAAUCUGUUGCAUGAUCCCAGUUUUAGCUCAAAUAAGAAAUCCACCUCACACUUAAAGUUCUUCAGCACAAGAAUUUGAAGCUAAAAUUGUGGAAAUACCAUGUAAGAAAAUAUUCUUAUGGUGCUUCAAGCCAAGAGCAGAAGGAGAAAAGCUGGAAAUCUCAUAAGAAAGUCACGUGAGACUCAUGGCUGAGUUUUCCAGUAUAAAAGGGUUCAGAUAUGUGGGAAGUGUAUGUGGACAAAACCUGAAUUUUGAAACAUUUUGGAAAAACACUCCUUAAAUUGAGGAAGACUGGCAAGAUUUAAAGUAUUCACUGCACAGUCUUGGUGCCCAACCCUGUCUUAUUCUACAACCAAUAUUUGUUUUAUGACAGUAAGACCCUCUUUGCCAUCUCUUCUUUGAAGCUGGGAGAUUUACACAGGGCUGCUAGAGUAAUUUCAGAUUUAUUGAGGUUUCACGGUGUCACGCAAGGAGUUGUUGUGGAGCUACACAUGGAGGCUCCCACAGCUGGAUUAAUUUAACUCCAGAGCAAUUCUGAUGCAGCAAUAUAACCUGACCCUGUAAGAUGAAGAUAAAUAAGUCAACCUGCUGCUGGCAGUGUCAUGAUGGACGUGGUUGUCACACAGUUCUCCUGCAUGGCAGAGACAGAGGUUGGAAUAAUGAAGUCUUGGUCUCAUCUUCAUCCUUUUUUCUGUCACCAAACAGAUUCUAAAGAACCUCUCUGUGUCCAGUGACUCUGAAAAGCUCCUAGUCCUCAGCAUCAGGUGAGCCUGAUCCCAGCCACACCUCUGCUGCUGCCAGGCUUGUCAGUCACAGCAAACCCAUCAUUUCUUUGGCUCCCCCAGAGAAUUUCUGCAGGAAAACUGCCCUGUUCCCUUGUUGCAAGAAGGGUCAUUGGCACUUGUCAUUUUGGUGGAUAUUCAGACUGAGAAGUCUCAAAAACUACAGAAGGAGCUCCAGGAAACACAGUAAAAAAGAGUGCAGAUUUAAGCAGCCCAAUUUUUACUGUUAUUUAAAGUGAACUUGGCACUGGUGAAAGAGCUGCAGUCACAGAGGUUAACGUAUCUUUCUGUCUAAAAGCAUGAACAGGACCAGAGGUUUUCCCAGAAGCUGGUCAUCAAUCAUCACUUGUGAAACCUUCCCAGCAUCAGGAUUCUGUCGUGUGAACCUGGCAGGAGCACAGAGCAGAGAUCAGAGAGUGCCCAGAUGGGAAGGGAGAGCAGUGGAGUGCCAGGAGUUCUCAAAGUCACAUCCACUGACCUGGCAGUGGCUGUGUCCUGCCUGAAACCUCAGAGUGAUGGCUCUGACAUCCCACCAUCCUCCCCAGUCAGGGUUUUCUGUCGGCAGUGACAGCCAAGAUUUCCAUGUUGGGUGGAGCACAGUCUCUGCUGCAAAGAGUUGAGAGCUGGAGCAUCACAGAGAUGACUCUUAAUUUGCACAGCCUGAGGUGAAGCAGAUCACCAAUCACCCUCUUCAUCCCAGGGCAGGUAAAGUCCAGUUUCCACAGUCAAUUCAGAUAUACUAUUUGAUGAUUUUGAGGCUUCCUGUACUUCGCAAGAUUUUUCAAAUCCAAAAUAUUUAAGUUCUGCCCACUAGCCAAAUAAAUGUCUUCUCAUUUUUAUAUUCUUUAUUUCUCUCUGCCAGCUCCAAGGAUAAAUUGUGCAUUGUGUAAAUUAAUAUUCUCCUUUGCCAGGCCUUAAUGUACUGGAAAUCCAUAGCAUUGAAAAGAAGAAAGAUUAAGGCAGGAAUAUUUCUUGCUUCUCUGCUUGGAGUAAGCAAAUGGAUUUCACAAAGCUUCUUUACAAAAUUUCCCUGCCUGACUUUUUCAGUUUUCUGAAAAGCAACACUGACAGGCUGCAGCACUGAUGGAAGUCAGUUAAAAAAUGUCUUACUGCUUUGCUGAAGUGGAAGUGACCAGUUCUAGGUGUGCCCAUUGGCCUUGAGCUGCUGUUGCUCGUGGCUCAGAGGGGUUUUAUCAGGCACUACAUUUUAAAAUAAAGCUGCUGAGGCACAGAGCAACUCUGUGGUUCAUCCAGCGAGGUUUCAGCUGUCCCAGGCUCAAUCCACGCUGGGUAAUUACCUCCACAUCCUACCCAGAGAUACCUUGAUCUCCUUUCCUGUCUUAAUAUGGUUUGGAUAAGGAAGACAAUGUUGAAAACUAACUCGAAGGGACAGGCUGUUGACACCAAUUUUUCCUGGAUGAUCUCUUCUGACAGCAGAGCCAAAGAGGAAAGCCAGUUGGUUUUCAAAGUGUUGCACUUAGCUCCAGGCAAAUUUGGGACCUGCACCAGUGUUAUCCUUUGCCAGAAGGAAAAAAAUCCAACAGGUCAUGAGACAGCAGCAUCUGUUCUCUGCCUGCACCUCUGGCACACUCAGAUAUUUAUGAAGGUAUUUCAUAUAUGACAGUGCUACAAAAAACACAAGAUACUACAGAGGUACCCUGUGGUGCAUUAAAAUAGAGACCUUCCCCCCAGCUUGGCAGAUGUAAUCAAAUCUCUGAUUUCCUGGGAGGAGAUGGAGCACUUGUCCUGGGGAUUGGAGUGAAAUGUCAUUCCUUCUCCGCAGAGCACACUGCAUAUUUCUCAUGCUGACAGAGAAGGAGAAAAUAGCAAAUGUAUGCUAAGGGGAAAUUAAUUGCUGAGGAGGAGAGCUAUGGAUGGAAUCAUCACGUGAGAAAGAACAUAUCUGUCAGUCCCACAGAGGGCUCAAAACUCCACUUAAUGAACAUUUUCCUCUCAGAGCAACACCGGGCUCAAACCCAGGAUGAGUAACGACCUCUCCUUUAUCCUCAUCAAGAUCUUUUUCAGAGUCAAAAACCUCCACAUGUUAAUAGUGAAAAUAAACAUAAUUUUACAGUGCUCAAUCUCUCAUCCAAAGAAUGAGACUUUCUUGUAUUAAUCCAGAUUUUUUAUCAGCUGCCAAAAUUCAGCCCUAGUAAACCAAUUUCUGAAGUGGGAAAACACAAACCUGCCCAGUAUUUCAGCAUAUUUCCACUUCCCAAGUAAGUCCACUCAGCCAAUGAUAGAAUUUCCCUGAAUUUCACUGAAUACUCAAUUCUCCCUGACAGUAUGACUGUGGAAUUGUAUACAAGCUGAUUUGGGCUUUUUUGGCUUUUUUUUUUUUUUCCUCCCUCCAGCAGCUUUUUGCCUGCAUGUUGUACAAGUUUGGCUGGUUUUAAAAGAUUUCUCCUGAAGCAGGUGCUGCAUUUUCUGAAUGUGGUAUUCCCAUGGCACUGAAUUGUCUACAGGCUGUUUUCCAGCUUUGUCAUGUUUGAACAGUUCAUGCUGGUAAUUUCCUGAACAAAGUACUGAAUGUAUAUGAAAUCUUGCUAAGUUGAACAAAUAAAUUAUUGGGGGGGGAUGUGUACUUUGGGAUAUGUGAGCUG